AUUACCGAUCCACCCAAUCCCAAUAUGUGCACUACGCAAGGCCCUGUAAAGUACGCAAGACCACACAUCACCCCCUGCCCCCCAUAAACACCAACACAACCACUAAUGUAUUACAGAGAAUAUAUUGAGAAUUACAUGGAGAAUGGUCCUGGGUUAAAUUCCCAGAAAACAUACAUGCUAAUGAAACCAAAUGGAAAGUGUAUUCCAAAUGGAAACAUACAGUAAAUGACGCAUUUGCAAAAGUGUGUUUGAAUUCUCGACACAAGACCAUGUGGUUCAGCCUUGGGCCCAACCUCCGAGAGAGCUCAUUGUCAGAAAUGUUGUGGAAAACCAUGAUGUCACAUUAUGCAAAGCACUGGUGGAAAACGUUGACAGCAAGACUUUGAGCUGGCGCUGAGUCUAGCAUUGAACUGCUGUACAGUAGGGUUCAGAUUAACACACUGAAGGGAUGAAAGAUUGGAGACUCAGAUUCUUUAGAGCUCAGAAUAGGAAAACAGGAGUUGUGUCCGUUUCUAUUGAGAAUUUACAAAGGAGCAGCUUCAUGAAAGACUUAGAUUCUCUUCCAGAAAGAAUGAGCACGUUGUCAGAGAAGAAGAUCAACGGAAGUGAAGUGGAGAGCCAAAGAGAUACUGUAGAAGACAAGAUUUUCGAUUACCCACCAUCCUUGAUCAAUCAAAGUCAUCACGUCAGUAACACAUGUUUCAGAGCCAGACCUAAAUUGGCUUCAGCUCAUGCCGUCCUUUCAUCCAAACUGGAAGAGCCAACAGAAAAGCUGACAAAUCCUUAUGAGGAAGCGAAACCAGAACCUCCGGAAUCUGUGGAAUCCCUACAAAAACCUGAGGAAGUGACCAAGGAUGAAGAUGCAGAAGAGCGGAGAGUGAAAGAAAGAGUGGCAGCAGAUGGAACUUUUGUUGGUAAGGCAUCCAAAGCCACGCUCAAUGCAGCAACAAGGAAAAGCUUAUGGAGAAGUAAAAUUGAACCAAAGGAGAGGCCAAAGGAAGGGAUGCGGGAAAGGCUGAAAGGUAGUUUCGAGAGUAUCGAUGAGAGUAACGAAGGGGAUUUUGGCAGCAGACGAAUGCAGAGGAAGAAGAGUUGGAGUUCAAAACAGAGGAAAACACAAACGUUUGGUUCACGGGAUGGGGAGCAGUAUAUGGUGGGUAGUAUGGAAAAAGAUGGUGAGAAAGAAGUCGUUCCACACCCUGUACUCUCUCGGGUUCUCUUUCACUCCUCGGCUUCAUCAUCCUCCUCCUUCAACAACUCCUCAGCAGAAAGCGAUGAAGUUUUCAGCGAGAAUGAGGAUACAGCCGCCCGGAGGCAGACCAUGAAAAAGUGUCGAUCUUGGAGAACGUUUUUGACCAUGAUGCAAUGGUCCAAACGUACACAAAGCUCAUGGAUCCAGCUAGCUGGACACCAAGGUAAUGUGAGGCUGAGUGAGGGCGGGGAGGUGCUGAAGAGGUUUUGUGAGGUGGAGGACAUCUGUCUGCAGGCCCUCAUGUCUGAUGCGCUCUGUCAAUUUGUGCCUCAUUAUUUCGGGCACAUCAGCCAGGAUGGAGAGAAAUACAUCCGUCUAGAGGACCUGCUUAGUGGUCUCAAAAACCCUGUCAUCAUGGACUGCAAAAUGGGUGUCCGAACAUACCAAGAGGCGGAAAUCAUUAAGGCCAGAAACAACCCUAGCGUACGCACUGACAUGUAUCAGAAGAUGGUGAAAGUAGAUCCAGCAGCUCCCACUGAUGAAGAACAUGAACAAAAGGGCAUCACAAAGCUGCGUUACCUUCAGUGGAGAGACGACAGCAGCUCCACCUCCUCACUGGGCUUCCGCAUUGAAGGCAUAGUGGUGGGGAAUGGUAAGGUAUUACGAGACUUUUACAAGACGUGCACAGAAGCUCAAGUGACGGAAACCCUGUUGUCCUUCACCAGGAGGCAGAUUCAUAUUUUAGAGGCCUACGAAUCCAGAUUACAGGCCCUGUAUGAAACUUUAAAGCAGUCUUCCUUUUUCAACAAACACGAGAUCAUAGGCAGCUCUUUACUUUUCGUCCACGACCGCAGCAACAAAGCCAACAUAUGGAUGAUUGAUUUUGGAAAGACCAUACCAGUCCCAGAGGAUGUCCAGCUAAGCCAUGAUGUCCCCUGGGUGGAAGGAAACCGAGAGGAUGGGUACCUGAUCGGACUGACAUCCCUUAUCUCUCUGGUCAGGGAAGCCAUCAAACAAGCAGGAGAGCAAAGUCAAGAGCAGCCACUUUGAUAGUGCCUUUGCAUGAACUCUUGGACUAAUGUUUUUGUGUGGACAUUAUAAAUCUAAAAGGUCUAUAAAGCUUUACAAUUAACAGUAUUAAUAAAGCACUUGUGUUGUUAUGAUUGUUUUUUUUUCCAUAUUUUACAUUAAAUGGUUUAUAUA